CAACUUGCAUUGGUGACAGAAUUUACUUAAAGUGUAGCAGUAUUUUUUGUGUCGGUGCUAUUUUUAAGCCAAUGAAUAACAAAGUGCCGGUCUCUUGACUUCAAUAAAGUCGUUGUGAGUCUUUGGCUUUCCAAGCAAAUUAGAUGCGUAGGAGGAAUACGUGACUUUUUAUUGUAUACAACCGAUGGCUGCUAACUCACCCGUAAACAUCAUACAAAAGUUACACGAUGGCAAAUUUUACAGCGAUGAAAUGUUUCAUAAAAUAAGUGCAAAAUACAUUCGAAUAAAUCGCAACGAAUUGCAAUUAAGCAAUCAAAUUUUGCGAAACGUUGUUUUAACUAUGUUACUGAAACACAUGAAAAAAGAAGAUAAAUUUUUCAACGAUCUGUUUGGAGACGUAAAUUACGCAGGAAGCGUAUCUAAAAACUUGAAAGUUUACAAACCUGACGAGUAUGAUUUGAACUUGGUUAUCCGUUUGCCCAUCAACUAUAAGUUUUUAACGAUCGAACCUGAUGACAUCCACUGUGGAUAUGUAAAAAUCAGAGCAAAAGUAGCAGACAAUGGCAUUGACGCAGGUAUUUUUUCUCGCAUAAUAAGCGGUAAUUACUUGGAUCAAAAUAAGUUUCGCGAAUGGAUGCAUAGCGUCGUUAGAAAAGCCUUAAAUUCGAUCCAUUCCGAAAGUAAUUCGUCAGUAGAUAAUAACUCGAAUUUGUACAUAUUCAGAAGUCGCAAAAGAACUUACGAGGUGACGUGCAGACAAAGCAAUCCUGCUUUUACAUUACAAGUCAUUUACAAAGCUGCCAACUACAACGUCGACUUCGAUCUCGUACCUUGCUUGCAAUUCAAGAAUAAAGCCGUGGAAGGUUUUAGGCAACCGAAAGGGAACCAAUGGAUAGCUAUAGCAAAACCUUUAAGAGUAUACGAGGGAAAUCUUUUAUGGAGAGCAGGAUUUUACCAAACUGAAAAGCGACUGCUUAAGGGUUCGAUAGUGGGUCAAAUAAAACCCAUCAUUAAAAUGUUUAAAAAAUUUCGGGACGACCAAGGCUGGGAUAAUAUAAAAAGCUACUACAUCGAGACCCUGUUUUAUAACGAAUUGACCGAUAAGGACUUUAAACGGGAUUUUUGCUAUUUUUCAUGCACAAGCGUUUUCGUAUACAUGCUGCAGAGACUUGAAAAACAUCUAAAAGCUAAAGUAUUGCGAAAUUAUUGGCACAAAGAACACAGCUUGUUCGAUUCAGUGAAUCCGCAGUAUUUGGAGGACUUGGCUAGACAGCUGGAGAAAAUUUGAUCUAUGAUUGAAUUGAAUAAGAAAGAUAUAGGUGGACUUGUUAAGAAAGACUACUUCAGAAAGGUUUGUCUAUUGUAUCAACUAUAUAUUUUCCACCGAGAUGAUUACGAUAUCUUGAUUAAUUAUUAUACUCAAUAUAGAUGUUACAACUCUAAAACGAUGAAAUCAUAAGCGUCGUAUCAUAUGGAAUGAUUGUGUGCGCGUAAGUGAGCAUGGAGCUGAAUGGAACGAAUUUUAUUUCAUCUUUUUUUAUUACAUAUCAGUAUAUUUCGACAAUCCAUCAGUAAAUACGUUAAUCUCUACAUUGUAAUUUUUAUACGCAUUUUUAUUAAAUUUUUACAAAACA